CUGGUGUCUCGGUCCGCGUCCCGAAGCUCCAGGGGUGCCCACCGGAGGGGGCCUUCGCUGCCCGGUUCCAGAGGCCGACGCAGGACCGGCCGGGGCCGGGACCGGCACCGCGGCCAAGGCUGGGGUCUCCAGAAGCCCCUUGAAGGGACAACAGGCUGGUGGAAGGAGAGGAUGGAAUUUGGUGGGGGAAAGGCCGAGGUGGAGGAAACCCUAAAGAGGAUCCAGAGCCACAAGGGGGUUCUUGGAACUAUGGUUGUAAAUGCAGAAGGCAUUCCGAUCCGAACAACCUUGGACAACUCAACAACAGUUCAGUAUGCAGGGCUUCUUCAUCAGCUGACUAUGAAAGCCAGGAGCACCAUCCGGGACAUUGACCCUCAGAACGACCUGACGUUUCUUAGGAUUAGGUCAAAGAAACACGAAAUCAUGGUAGCUCCAGAUAAGGAGUACCUUCUGAUUGCCAUUCAGAAUCCGUGUUAGUAGGCAGCCAAGUCCGCCCUGCGACUCGAGGCUGGAAACGCUCUACCCUGUAGUGACUACCAAGACUCUAUUCCCAUCUAACUUCUCUCUUGGAUAUUAUCUGUCUUUACAUUUACACUAUCCUACAUGUCUCAUUUAGUCCCUUUUGGAUAUAUUGUCAAGUUGUGAUUUCACUAUAUAAUAAAUAAAUUCUGGUA